AGCGGGUCCGCGUAAGUCCUCAAGUCCCGCAGCAGCAGCAGCAUGGCGUUCUUCACUCACCAGGUCUGCAGAGGCUUUUCCUCCUCGGCCGUCAGGAAUGUUGUUAUCAAAAAUGUCACGAUCAUCGGAGGGGGACAGAUGGGAGCAGGGAUUGCACAGAUUGCUGCAUCAACUGGCCACUCUGUGACGCUGGUGGACACAAACGAAGAUAUCCUUAAAAAGGCCGUCAAAGGGAUUGAAGGGAACCUUAGACGAGUGGUGAAGAAGAAGUUUGCCGAUAAGCCCGAGGCAGGUGAAGAGUUCAUCCAGAAAACUCUGCAGAACAUGUCGACCUCGACAGAUGCUGGAUCUGCCGCUCAGAGCUCAGAUCUCGUGGUGGAGGCCAUCGUGGAAAAUCUAAAAGUCAAACAGGAUCUCUUCGGCGGGCUUGACAAGCUGGCACCAGCACACACCAUCUUCGCCAGCAACACAUCGUCCCUGUCCGUCACUGACAUCGCCAGCUCCACCAACAGGCUCGACAGAUUCGGCGGCCUUCACUUCUUUAACCCGGUCCCUAUGAUGAAGCUUGUCGAGGUCAUUGCAACCUCAGCUACAAGCCAAGAGACGUUCGAUUCCCUCGUGAACUUCAGCAAGAAGAUCGGGAAAACAACGGUGUCCUGCAAGGAUACACCAGGGUUCAUUGUAAACCGCCUGCUUGUUCCCUACAUCAUGGAGGCCAUCAGGAUGUAUGAGAGAGGUCAUGGAUCCAAAGAGGACAUCGAUAUCGCCAUGAAACUGGGGUGCGGUUACCCCAUGGGCCCCUUUGAGCUCUCAGACUACGUCGGACUGGACACCAUGAAGUUCAUCAUGGAUGGUUGGUCGGAAGCCAAUCCUGACAACCCGCUCUUUGGUCAGAGUGAAGUCGUGAACAAGUUGGUUGCAGAGGGGAAGUGGGGCAAAAAGACUGGAGAAGGAUUCUACAAGUACAAGUAACUGCUGGUUUUGUGGAGACAGGCUCUAACAAAGACUGAUGAGAAUCAUUAAUUUAAAAAAACUGUCUGUGCCUUCUGUUAUAAAGGUUGACUUUUGUCCUAUGAAUGAAAUCUUUUUGUGAUGAGAUUUAAUCUGAUUAAAAUAGAUUUUAUCAAAUGCUUGGUGUCUGUUGUUGGCUGCUGUGCAGAUAUAGACUUGGGUGACAGUUAUCAGUUACUUUAUAAUUAGUUACCCCCCAACAGUGAAGUUAGAAAGGUUGCCCCUACAGUUGCAGAUCAAUGUUAUGUUGGUAAUAAAAAACAUUGUGAACAUAUUAAAGUGUAUUAAAUACAACUUAAGUUUUUCUGUAUGUACCUAGGAAAUGCAUCUUUGAAUAAGACUUGAUGAAUUCAGUUUUACAAAA